AUGCAGUGGUUGGAGUUCUUCCCCUCUGCACAUCUCUGGAGCUCUGUCUGUGCAGGUCUUUCCUGUUCUCUGCUCUAUAACUCAAGCUGCCGUGAACAACUCAGACUCUCAUCUCUGUCUCCUCAGCCCUGUACUGCAGCCAGAAGACUCCUCAGGCAGUGACCAGGCAGAUAGUUCUGGAGCAGAUGAAGCCUGAAGCGCCUUCUAGCUGUCAGAGGUCAGGAUAGUAAAAAUCUAAGCCUGGAUCUGUGGAAGCUGCCAGCGGCUCAGCACCAUGUCAGGAGCCCACAUACCUUCUUCCAGUGGUCCCUUCUCUGCACUGACUCCAAGCAUAUGGCCUCAGGAGAUCCUGGCCAGGUCCACCCAGAAGGAAGACUCAGCAGAGCAGUCAGAGUUCUGCUAUGAUGAGUUCGGUUUUCGCAUGGACAACGAAGGUGCCGAGCCAGGGUCCAGUCCACUGAUGGAGGCAGCCCUGGUGGAGGACCCCCCACAGAGGCUGCGGUGGCAGGCCCACCUCGAGUUCACCCACAACCAUGAUGUGGGGGACCUCACCUGGGACAAAAUUGCUGUCUCCCUGCCUCGCUCUGAGAAGCUGCGCUCCCUGGUGCUGGCUGGCAUCCCACACAGCAUGAGGCCACAGCUGUGGAUGCGGCUCUCCGGGGCCCUGCAGAAGAAGAGGAACUCGGAGCUGUCCUACCGCGAGAUCGUGAAGAACAGCUCCAAUGACGAGACCAUUGCUGCCAAGCAGAUCGAGAAGGACCUGCUCCGCACCAUGCCCAGCAACGCCUGCUUCGCCAAUGUGAACAGCAUCGGGGUGCCCCGACUACGCAGAGUCCUCCGGGCACUAGCCUGGCUCUACCCCGAGAUUGGCUACUGCCAGGGCACGGGCAUGGUAGCUGCCUGCCUCCUGCUGUUCCUGGAGGAGGAAGACGCCUUCUGGAUGAUGUGCGCCAUCAUUGAAGACUUGCUUCCUGCCUCCUACUUCAGCACCACACUGCUGGGUGUCCAGACUGACCAGCGGGUCCUGCGCCACCUCAUUGUGCAGUACUUGCCUCGCUUGGACAAGCUGCUGCAGGAGCACGACAUUGAGCUGUCCCUGAUCACACUGCACUGGUUCCUUACGGCCUUCGCCAGCGUCGUGCAUAUCAAGCUGCUGCUGCGCAUCUGGGACCUGUUCUUCUAUGAGGGCUCCCUGGUGCUGUUCCAGACCACACUAGGCAUGCUACGUCUCAAGGAAGAGGAGUUGAUCCAGUCGGAGAACUCGGCAUCCAUCUUCAACACGCUGUCAGAUAUCCCGUCACAGAUGGAGGAUGCAGAGCUGCUGCUGGGGGAGGCCAUGCAUCUGGCUGGCUCCCUCACGGAUGUGGCUGUGGAGACCCAGCGCCGCAAGCACCUGGCUUACCUCAUUGCAGAUCAGGGCCAGCUUCUGGGGACCAGUGCUGCCACCAACCUUUCCCAGGUGGUUCGGCGUAGGACACAGCGGAGAAAGUCCACCAUCUCCUCCCUGCUCUUUGGGGAGGAUGACCUGGAGGCCCUCAAGGCCAAGAACAUCAAGCAGACAGAACUGGUGGCUGACCUCCGAGAAGCCAUCCUGCGUGUGGCACAUCAUUUCCAGUGCACAGACCCCAAAAACUGUAGCGUGGAGCUGACUCCAGACUACAGCAUGGAGAGCCACCAACGGGACCAUGAGAACUAUGUGGCCUGUUCACGCAGCCACCGACGCCGGGCCAAGGCCCUUCUGGACUUCGAGCGACAUGAUGAUGAUGAACUGGGCUUCCGCAAGAACGACAUCAUCACGAUCGUGUCUCAGAAAGACGAGCACUGCUGGGUGGGGGAGUUGAAUGGCCUGCGAGGCUGGUUUCCAGCCAAGUUCGUGGAAGUCUUGGAUGAACGGAGCAAAGAGUAUUCCAUUGCUGGGGAUGACUCUGUGACGGAGGGGGUCACAGACCUUGUGCGAGGGACCCUCUGCCCGGCCCUCAAGGCCCUGUUCGAACAUGGACUGAAGAGGCCAUCCCUGCUUGGAGGUGCCUGCCACCCCUGGCUGUUUAUUGAGGAGGCCGCGGGGCGAGAGGUCGAGAGAGACUUUGACUCGGUGUAUUCCCGCCUCGUGCUCUGUAAGACCUACAGGCUUGAUGAAGAUGGCAAAGUCCUGACCCCAGAGGAGCUGCUGUAUCGGGCUGUGCAGUCUGUGAACGUGACUCACGAUGCAGUCCACGCACAAAUGGAUGUCAAGCUCCGCUCCUUGAUCUGUGUGGGGCUCAACCUUGUCCCCAGUGAGCAGGUACUGCACCUGUGGCUGGAGGUCCUCUGCUCCAGCCUGGCCACCGUGGAGAAGUGGUACCAGCCCUGGUCCUUCCUGCGAAGCCCUGGCUGGGUCCAGAUCAAGUGUGAGCUCCGCGUUCUCUGCUGCUUUGCCUUCAGCCUCUCCCAGGACUGGGAGCUCCCUGCCAAGAGAGAGCUGUCCCGUGCACAGGAGGAGAAGCAGCCCCUGAAGGAGGGUGUUCAGGACAUGCUGGUGAAGCACCACCUCUUCAGCUGGGACAUUGAUGGGUGAUGCUCCUGCGGCCCUGCUGUACCCACGCCUCACGAAGCCCUCAGGCUCCUCCACCCUCAGCAGGAAGAGUGAGGCGCCCAGAUCAAGAUGUGGGGCGCACGGAGGGAGCUGGUUCAGGGCUCCCCACUCCAGGCUUCUACUGUUGGCUGGGGCAGAAGGUGGGUGCCCGGGGCAGCACGCUCUCCCAAGAGUGGAGUCAGGGUGAGGGCCCUGUCCUCCCUGGGUCCUUAAGCAAGUGCCAGCUGCCCAUUGCAGUUUGUAGGAACCAAAAAUCUGGUGAGGGUGGGAAGCCGCCUUGGACAGUCUUUGCUCAGGAAGGGGGGGUGUUAAGGGCCAACAAAGGGCCCUGGGCCUCUUUGGGGUGUAAAUAAACUGUCUUUGAGAAA